GGAACUGUAGCAUUGCUGGACAUUGUGAACAGCGCUGAAAAUGGUAUAUUUGUUGCGAAUUGUGUCCACGUCCUGUCACAGCUUAUCGACUCUCUGGUAAUGGCAUGCGGUGGACUUCUGCCUCUUCUUGCUGCUGCAACAUCACCAAAUAAUGAACUUGACAUAGUGGACACAACAAAUCAAGCACUACCCGUGGGUAGCGCUGCCCGGCUGCUAUCGCGUUUCGCCGCUCUUGCUGAUAUUUUCGUAUUUGCUUCUGGAAUAAGCUUCAGCGAUCUGGAACAGGAAAAAAACAUGCCUAGUGGUGGUAUUUUACGGCAGACAUUACGACUCGUGUCGACAAUGGCUGUACGAAACAUACUGGCCUGUCGUUCCACUUUUCCACUCCGUGAUGCCAAGCACACACAACGCGCACAACAAAUCGCGGAUUUCGUUGCCGGUGUGCUGGAUGUUAAAGGUAAAGAAGGAAUCACUGACAAGGAGCAUUUGCUCCAGGAAAUUGAUUUGCAACGUCUGAAAGGAGUUAUUUAUCGUGAUAUGGAAGAAAAUCGACAAGCACAAUUCCUAGCGCUCGCAGUGACUUACCUACUCUCAGUACUGAUGGUCUCCCGAUACAGGGACAUUUUGGAGCCGCCCUCCACUCCAAGUCCAUUUUUUGAUACAACUACAGCAGGCGGUACAAACAAAGAUGACGGAAACAGCCUAAGACAGACGAACGAUGAUUCGUACGCUGAAGAGAAUGGUGGGACGCGCGAUCGUCGGGAUAGUGGUGUUGGAACGGACAUGGUUAUUAGCGAAGUGUCUGCUAUACACGAGGAAAGCAAGAAAAGAGAGCUGCAGGGCAGCGUCUAUCGCCAGGAUCACCUCAAUACCUUCAGUGACAGCAGCCUUCCAAAUCGUUUGCUGGAAACAGACGAACGACGCACUUAUUUGACGAAUAAACUACAGAAGGCGUUAGAAACAACGGCGCCUUUGUUGCGUGAAAUACUUACUGAUUUCCGCUCCUUUCUACAAAAGACUCUACUGGGGACGCAUGGACAAGAAAUCAUGAAUGAUGCUAAAGGUGACUUCCUCUUACAGGCAUUAUUUUUGAAAUAA